AUGACUUCACUCUACCAGCAUAUCUUGGCCUUAGAAUUUGCCAUCAAAGAGAUCAAUAGAAAUGAUGAUAUUUUACUGAAUCUUACACUUGGUUUGCAUGUCUACAAUAACUACUUCAGUCCAAGUUGGACCUAUCGUGCUUCAUUGGAGCUCUUCUCUACAAAGGGCCAAUUUAUUCCCAACUACAACUGUGAUAUGUGGAACAGACCAAUGGCAGUCAUUGGAGGACCUGCUUCAGAAGUGUGUUUACACAUGGCUACUAUCCUGUCCCUGUACAAGAUGCCACAGCUAAUAUAUGGUUCAGCUCCAGAAAGCAAUACAAAAAACCAGGUGGUUUUAUAUCAACAGUUAUUCCCAAAUAUGUACCAUCAGUACACAGGCAUUUUUCAGUUAUUGAUGCAUUUCAGAUGGACAUGGAUUGGGGUCUUGUCUGUGAGUAAUGACAACGGUGAGAAAUUUGUACAAAAUAUAAUUCCCAUGUUCGCCCAGAGAGGUAUCUGUUUUGCUUUCAUUGAAAGAUUCCCAAUAGUUAGUUACUCAAAUAGCAUUGCUGAGUUGGUCAAAAUGGGACUUGAAAUGUACAAGGUGGCUAUGAGUAGCAUUGUUAAUGUAGUAGUAGUUUAUGGUGAAAUCGAGGAAAUUAUAGUUUUGAGACUUUCCAGCAACUUGCAGUCAGAUGAUGUAUUGCUACAGAAUAAAGAUAAAGUCUGGAUUAUGACAGCUGAGAUGGAUUUCACAUCACUUCCCUUUUUAAGAAAUAGUGAUCUAGGCUUCCUCCAUGGUGCUUUAUCCUUUGCAAUUCACUCUGAGAAGGUGCUUGGAUUCCAGAGAUUUGUUCAGAUGAGAAAACCUAUUUUAGAAAAAGAAGACACUUUUAUCAAGAUCUUCUGGAAAAAUGCAUUUGAAUGUUCCUUCCCCGCCUCUCUAAUGGAGGAGGAAGAUGAGGUCACUUGUACUGGAGAGGAAAAACUGGAGACUCUUCCUACAUCUGUGUUUGAAAUGGACAUGACUAGUCACAGCUAUAGUGUCUACAAUGCAGUCCAUGUGGCGGCACAUGCUUUGCAUGACUUCCAUUCAUCGAUCAUGAAAUACAAAGCAGGAGAAGGCAAAUUGGAACUUCUUAAUCAACAGCUUUGGAAGGUAGUUAAAAACCAACUUCUGAUUGCUCAAUGUAUCUGCAAAUUAGAUUCAAUUGAAAAUACAUUCAUUAUUCUAAAUUGGGUGUCAAACAAACGUCGUCACAGUGGUGUCACGUGA